UUCUGGAUGUCUGCUGUGGCCACCGCCAUGCCCAUUCCAUCUGGGGCGUUCAUGCCUGUCUUCAUACUGGCAUCCUUCACCCACUCCCUCCCCUCCUCACCCCAUCCCAUAUCUCUGACAGGAGCGGCAGCUUUGACCGGGGCUGUGACUCACACGGUGUCCACGGCGGUGAUCUGCUUUGAGCUGACGGGUCAGAUCUCCCACAUCCUGCCCAUGAUGGUGGCAGUCAUCCUGGCCAACAUGGUGGCCCAGGGCCUGCAGCCCUCCCUGUACGACUCCAUUAUCCAGGUCAAGAAGCUGCCGUACCUGCCGGAGCUCGGCUUCGGGCACAUGAGCCAGUACAACAUCUUUGUAGAAGACAUCAUGGUGAGAAGGGUGAAGUUUAUUUCGUCUCAGUCCUCGUACAGAGAAGUCAAACAUCUGCUGGACUCCUCCUCAAUCAAUUCAAUCCCACUGGUCGACUCAAAAGACUCUAUGAUCCUAUUGGGCAGCAUUGACAGGUUGGAGCUCCUCGCUCUCUGUGAUUGGUGGUUAUCGCCUGAGAGAAGACUCCUGAUGCAGGGUCAGAGCCUACAGGAGCAGAACCAGUCCCAGGAGCACAGCUGGGAGUCCUUCGCCUAUGUAGAUGAGGAGGAAGAGGAGGACGGAGAGGAGGGCAGCCCGGUGCAGGAGGAGAGGAACGGCCCCCUGCCCCCCCCCAAGCCUCAGGAGCCGUCCUCCAACCACACUGCUCCUGUCCCUGAGAAAGGUCCUCUCCAGUCUGUGAGGAAAACACUCAGGAACCUCUUCACCUCUAAGAGCAGACAGACAGAGGGACAGUCGCAGGAGCCCUGUCCUCCUCCCCUGUCAGACCCAAUGACACCAGACCAGAUCACGGCGUGGGAAGAGGAAGAGAUGGACAAGCCGAUGGAAAUCGAUGAGAUACGAGUAGACCCCUCCCCUUUCCAGCUGGUCGAGAGAACAUCAUUACAUAAGACCCACACCCUGUUCUCACUGCUGGGGCUCAGUCACGCCUAUGUGACCAGUAUUGGCAAACUGGUGGGAGUGGUGGCACUUAAAGAGCUCCAGAAGGCCAUCGAGGGCUCCACCCGCUCUGGCGUCCGGCUCCGUCCUCCGCUCGCAAGCUUCCGCAAACACAGCUCUGCCCCUAAACCUCCACCUUCUUCUUCCACUGCUCCCUCCUCUCCGAGCUCCACCUCCUGUCCCUUAGCUCUCCCUGUUCCCCAGCCUCCACCCCCGUCUCCCCCUCACCAUCACAUCCACGAGACUGAGACGGAGGCGUGGAUCGAGGGCGUGACCUUGGAGGUGGAGGAGAGCAGCAGCUACACCACGGGGAGCGGCCCCGGGGCCUGCAGCUCUCCCACAACCAGUUGCAGCGACAACAGCAACGUCAGCCUCCCUCCAUCCACCCCUCCUCCCCCGGUC